AUGGACAUCCCAGUAGCACAAAAACGGCUAAGUAAGAUCCAUGAACUUGAAGCUGUAGAUGCCAACCCCAAGGAUGAAAUGCAUAAUCUAAAAUGUCAUUCGACCAGCUGUUCCGGGAUAGGAAGUGAAAACAACAUCUCAAAUUUUACUGAGCAACAAUCAAGAUUGGCUACUCUUAGGAGAGAGGAUAGUGGCGGGAGUCGUCACUUCGAGGCCAAGGUUAUGCUGCCUAACAUCGGUUCAGCUUCAUCCAAAGAAAGAGUGAGUACUGGUCGCAAUGGUCCCCCAAAUCCUCAAAGACGAGGAAUUGUAAAUUACACGAAUAAACAGUAUUUGAAUAUCUUGCAGUCAAUGGGUCAGGCAGUUCAUGUUGUUGAUCUCUCUGGUGUGAUAGUUUACUGGAGUCGAGCAGCUGAACAACUUUAUAGCUACUCUGCAUCAGAAGCUGUUGGUCAGCAUAUCAAAGGCUUUGUGGUUGAGGAGCAUGACAUCAUAGAAGCAAACGAAAUAAUGCGCACGAUUACUUCAGGGAAAAACUGGACAGGGCAGUUCCGAGUAAGGACCAAACAAGGGCAGUCCUUACAAGUAGUUGCCACCAAUACCCCAUUUUAUGAUGAUACUGGUACUUUGGUUGGGAUUCUUUGUCUGUCAAGUGAUCUGCGGCCAUUUCAAGAGAACAUAGUACCAAUUCCUUCAAAAGACGAUUUGCAUCCCAGCUCCAUUAGACUGAGUAAAAGUGGUCUAACAACAUCUAAACCUAGUUUUGAUUCACAGCACAAACCUCCGAAAGUUAUAUCUUCAAUAACAUCGAAAAUGGCGUCAAAAUUGAGGGGGAAGAUGUGGCUGAAAAUGAGAACUUCUCAUGAAAGCACUAAGAAAUAUGACAACCAGGGUGGUCAUAACAACAUGAUAGCUUAUAAGUUGAAAGGAAUAUCAUGGGUAUGGGAAUGCCAACACAAUCAGGUUCCGGAACCAAAACAGUUUGGUGGAAGUGAAGCCUCUAGUUCCUUGUCCUAUAAUUUUAAUUAUAAUAGACCAAGUAGCUUGGGCAGUGGGAGUGGUACCAGCAUAACUAGUAGUAGCAGUAGCAGCAGCUCCAGUCCUUGUCUUAAAUUGUCCACGGGAGACUCAUUGAAUUGUGAUAUCUCGCGGGAGGACUUGACAUUCCGUGAACAGAUUGGGCGAGGUUCAUGUGCAACUGUAUAUCAUGGUCUUUGGUGUGGCUCGGAUGUUGCUGUAAAGAUAUAUUUCAACUUUGAGUACUCAGAUGACUUUCUACGUUCCUUCAGACAAGAGGUUGUUUUUGAACUUAAGAUAGCUUUUGUUAUCUGUGAUGUUGCUCACAGAAACGGAAGCUUGUUUAAAUUGCUUCAACGUGACACUUCUACAUUAGGUUGGAAGCGGCGUGUUCUUAUGGCUUUGGACAUUGCACGAGGUAUGAAUUAUCUACACAGUUACGACCCAUCAAUUGUUUAUCGUGAUUUGAAGUCAUCAAAUCUGUUGGUUGAUAAGGACUGGACUGUGAAGGUUGGUGAUUUUGGUCUUUCUCGAUUCCACCACGCUACAUUUCUCUCAACAAACAGUGGGAAGGGAACGAUAGUGGAAGGUAGCCCCAUUGCCCAUAUGGAAAGCACAAUCACUGGUGCUGAAUACAGCAAGCUAAUUAUAGUUGAUUGA